AGUUUGGACAUUGCGGUUCUAAGGGGGAGUUCACGUCCUUCGCUGCGUCCUUUGCUGUGUUGUCCUGAAGAUUCUCGUUCAUUCGACGCAAUACGACACACAACGCAAUCACACACUCACACACAUUCACACAUACCCACUCACACACAUCCGCCCGCUGUCUGCAAUGGCGCAUUUAGUAGCAACGACAUCUGUCGGCUGGGCAGUUGGACUUGAAGUUGAGACACUGGUCCAGACAGUAUACAUCGGCACCCUCGCGGCCUCGCAGCUCACCGAUCGCUUCGCACGUUUGUCUGCAAACGGCAACGGAAACAAAAAGCACAUAUAUCACAUUACAUCAACACGGUGCGCGGUGGGAAAGCUUUUGGGGACAUAACUACAGGUUCACAAUCCAACACGGAAUGACGUUUCGCGUACUGUUCGGGAUACUGUGGCUAGGGGCGCAGGCAUUUCUAAGCCUGCACGGUGCAUCCAGCGUAACUGAUGAGGCCAGCCAAGUCACAGCACAACACGUGGGUGAAAACUGUGAGCAUCAUACCACCACCACCAGCCAGUUCGAGGAGUACUUCGAUAUGGAUCAAAUCGGUAACAACCGGUCCGAACAGAACGUCGUCGAUCUCACACUAUUCGUGCAGGUACGCAACAUGCAGGAAGAGUUGGCGAUCCUUCUAUCCGCAAGCAACCGCUCGCGUCAGCAUCCAGACUACGGUCGAACGUACGAGGUUCGCAUCAGCAACGUGUACACCGUCAUCUACAAGGAAACGCUCCGGAUGUCUGCCCAUCACAGCCACAACUUUAACUUUUUCCCGGGCGAACAAUUCCGACUUCGCAUCCAGAUCACUCGAGCCGGCCAUAUUACCGUGUCCAUACCGGGCCUUCAGAAGUCACUCAUUCUGACCGUACACGACGAACGACCGCCGAUUGAAGUUUCGUACAUUAGCUUCGGGUCCCGCAUGAACGCAUACCCGGUGACGUUCUACUUCAACUGCGUGGAUGCAGCGCUAGGCAGCUCGACGCAACGGAAACUACCGAUCGAAACCAUUGAUAUGCAAGAUUCGGAACUUCUGUCACGGGGCGACCAGCAAUCGGCAACAUCUUCACAAUCGAUGAACGAUGCCGAGGAGGAUAUGCCACGCCGACCCGCCGAUGACGACCAUGACGAGCAGGACGAAGAAUCGGGUGGUGGCGGUGGCGUUGGUGAUGAAAGUAAUGGACAACGGCAAGACUCAUCCGGCGAUCAGACCACCAAAUGUCCCGUCUGUCCAAAGCCGGAAAAGUGUGAGGUAGUUGUGAAGGCAUGCUCCGACACGUCCAAGGAUCUGCUGAUGCAAGCGUCCGGCACGGAUAGCGAGAAGCAAAAGUAUUUUUUCUACUUCAACGUUUACCUAAGCAGCAAGAACGAGAAAGGCACCAAGGUACCGGUGGCGGACGCCACCAAUCAGAUCGCAUAGAUCACCCGGGGACACACCUUCCCCAACGCACAAACCAAACUCCUCACAUAUCGAGCCCGUGCCUACUGCUCGAAAGCACUAGCGCAAUGGCCGGCAAACAAAUUACAAAUCAAGUCUUAUAGUCUUAAGCUAACUCCCUUUUAAUCCUGAUCACAUCAACACGAUCAUCUGUACGGUGGACAUCCCAAGAAUGCUGGCAGGCUGUUAGAGCGGUCCCUCUCUCUCACUCUCUCUCUCUCUCUUUCUAUUUAUCGCACAUCUCGCACAUCUGCGUGGGUGUUGAUGGCCGAUGACGAUGAUGCUGAGAAUGAUGACAUUAUACUUUCAAUAAAUUCAAAAAGUAUUUGCAGACUUGAUCUCAAUAGCAUA